AUGACAAUAAUAAAUAAUGAUAAUAUUAGUUUGGCAACAUCAGCAAAAUUAUCACAAUUUAUAGUAUCGGGGGAUUAUAAAGGGCCAUUUACAAUCAUAGGGUUAAAAACUAAAAUUUUAUCAUUUUCAUUAGUUAUUGAAUUUAUUUUAUUAAAGAUUGAAUUAAUUAAAGAGAGAAAAGAUGGAUUAAAGAUUAAUUUCGAUGAUAGUAUAAGUGGUAGUUGUAACUAUGAAUUAAAUUAUACAAAACAGGAUACCCUAUUUCAAAGAUUUCAAAGUAAAUUUAAAAUUGAACAUACUAUUAAUCCUGAAAAUGGUGAAACCAUCAACACUGGUAUCACCCUUAAAAAAUUAUUUAUAAUUUCAAUACCAAUGUCAAUUUUAUUCGUUGCUUUAAAUUGGAUUUGGAUGUUAGCAAUUUCAAUGACUGAAGUUAGUAUUUCAACUGCAUUAUAUCUUAAAAUUUUAAAAACAAUUUCAGUUAUAAUAUUUAUGGGAGGGAUUGUUGGAAUUGCAAUUACAACAGUUGGAACAUCAAAAGGUGAAUAUCCGCAUGCAAUCAAGGGAGAGAUUUUAAUGAUUAUUUCAGCAGCAAUGUGGGGUUUAUAUGAAGUUCUAACAUCGAAAUUCAUUGGUGAUGCUAAUAGAACUAUAGUUCAUACUUAUAUGGGUUUAAUUGCAUUUGUAAAUUUAAUAUUGGGUAUACCGGUAAUUGUUAUUUUAAAUGUAACCAAUUUUGAACCAUUUUCAGUGCCAUCAAUAUCAGUAUUUGGAAUGUUAUUAUUGAAUGCUUUUGUGGGUUUCUCUGUAAACUAUUUAAUUAAUUGGGGUUUGUCAGUUACUUCACCAUUAUUCGUUAGAUCUGGUGAAUUAAUGGUAAUAGUAGCAACUUUAUUAUUUGAUAUAAUCAUUAAACAUAUGAAACUACCUCUCUUGGCAUUGCCUGGUUAUUCUUUAAUUGUUAUUGGUUUUAUCUUAUCUGUUUAUAUUGAAAGUAGAGAUAUUAAACAACAACAAGAAAAAGAAAAAGAAAAACAAAAAAAUAAUAAUGGUGAAACUGAAUCAUUAUUAAAUUAUUAA